AUGGUUUCGUUGGCAGGCAAGGCCUUCGUCCUUACUGGAGGUGGCUCGGGUAUCGGGCUGGCCACAGCACGAGUCCUGGCGUCCAGAGGGGCUUCAUUAUACGUUGGAGACGUUAACGCCGCCGCUCUCGAGGCUUCCCUCCCCAGUAUCAUUCAUACAGCGACAGCUGCGGCUUCCAUCAAAACAUCCUCUCUGGACGUUCGGAAUCGGACUGACGUACGAGAGUUCAUGAAAAAGGCCAAGGCAGAGUUUGGACGUCUCCAUGGCGCUGCCAACAUCGCGGGCGUGACAGGGAAAGGCAUGGGUGUCUCGAAGACGUGGGAGCUAGAUACGGAUGAAUAUGAAUUCGUUAUGGCUGUCAAUGCGCGAGGAGUUUUCAAUUGUCUAGCAGAGCAAUUGAGGCCUGGGGUCCUACCAGAAGGAAGCAGUAUCGUCAACAUGGCCAGCGUCAACAGCUUCAAGGCCCUCGAUUGCGCCAGCCCUUACGUCGCGAGUAAGCACGCUGUCGUUGGCCUCACCAAGACAGCCGCGCUCGAGGCUGGACCCAGAGACAUUCGCGUCAAUGGAGUAGCUCCGGGCACCGUCGAAACACCCAUGCUGCGGAAAUUCAUGGAACAACCCGACUGCAGCUUCAAAAUCUCCACUCCAAUCGCGAGACCUGCACAGGCUGAAGAGGUCGGGAGACUAGUAGCUUUCUUGCUUUCUGAUGAUAGUACUUUUAUCACGGGGGCAACUUACAGCAUCGACGGAGGUUGGACGGUUUGA